AUGCGUGUAUGCGAUCGGUGUGUUGUACCGAAUGUAGACGUGCAUGUCUGUCAAACAUUUCUCCUUUUUGCAUCUCUCGGAGCGGGACAGAGUGAAACUCGUCUUUGGUCGUUGAAACAGCUGACAAAUCAUACAACCGACGAUAGAGACCGAUUGCUAAACGAAUCUGAGCCGGCCGGUUUGGUGCCGAUUUUCUUGCUCUAUUUCGUCGGGCAUACGCCACAUGAACGCCGAACGAGAAAUGCUUCUUCUCACAGUUUCGCUGGCCUAUGCAUCCUUCACGCUACAGAACCAGGUGUCACACAUCUUGGCCACGAGACCGGGCGAUUGCAGCGUCGCGCUUGUUGCCGGCUUGAGGCGAGGUGUAGAAUUACCAUGCCAUCCGAAAUGAGGUGA